ACAAAUUUUAGAAGUCGAUUACCGCACGACAAUGGCCGCCGGAAACUACCUACCGACGGCGGAAUUAACGGCAAGUGGCCGGCCAGUUCUCUACCCGGGCGAAAUUGAAAGCAGUCUGCUCUCUUCCGUCGACCUUUUAUCAGAAGAAAACCCUAAUUUUCCCCACCUUAAAUCCGGUCUCCUCAUUCUCACCAAUCACCGCCUCCUAUGGCUUCCCAACUCCACCCCAGUUUCAUCUCCCACCCCUGUACAUAUCCCGCUUUCCGCCGUCUCCCACAUUUUUUCACUAAAAAAGUCGAUUAAAUCUGUAUUUUCAACCCCUAGGAUAAGAUUCCAGGUCUCAGUGACUUCCGAGGGGAGAGUAGACGAAAAGGGCUUAAGAUCGAUCGUAAUUGCUUUGGUCUUGAGAGGAAAAUCGGACCCAGAGGCGUUUCUUGGGAAGUUCUGGGAGGCAUUGAAGGUGAGGGCUUGGGAGGAGAUUAAGGUUGGUGCAAGUGGAGCUGAGGCGGGGUCAAGUUCGGGGUCCCGGAGUGGAGAGGGGAGCUUGGCGCUGAGGAUGCCGGUGGUUGGAGUUGCAGGGAUUUUGAGGAAGGAGCAAGAAAUGUGGGAAAGUACUGAUAAAAGUUUGCAGGAUGCAUUUCAAGACCUGAAUGCUCUCAUGAGCAAGGCUAAGGAGAUGGUUAUGCUAGCUGAGAAAAUGAGGUUAAAGCUUCUCGCUGGUUCAAAUAAUCAAGCAACUGGGGCAGCCGAAGAUGAACUGGGUACCAAAGAAGAGAUGCAAGAUUGGUUAUUAAGUGUAGGUAUUGCAUCUCCAGUUACAAAAGAGUCUGCUGGUGCUUUGUACCAUCAACAGUUAUCACGCCAGUUGGCAGAUUUUGUUAGGAUUCCCUUAGAGAGAGCUGGAGGAACAAUUAAUCUCAUAGAUGUCUAUUGCCUUUUCAACCGGGCUCGUGGCACAGAAUUAAUAUCACCUGAUGAUUUGCUUCAAGCAUGUUCUCUGUGGGAGAAGUUUGAUGUGCCGGUGAUGCUUCGGAAAUUUGAUAGUGGUGUUAUGGUCAUCCAGAAUAAGGCUCACAGUGAUGAUGAGGUAUUUGCUAGAAUUAGAUCCUUGGUGACAAAGCCUGAUGCUUUACAGAGUGGGGUCAGUGCUAGUGAUGCUGCAAUGACUUUGGGGGUUGCCCCGGCAAUGGCAAAGGAAUAUCUGCUUACUGCUGAGGGCAAAGGAUUGUUGUGCAGAGACAUAAGCCCAGAUGGAUUUCGGUUUUAUAUUAAUCUGUUUCAGGAUAUCAAUUCAGAUGACGUAUACUUAGUGAGAGACUAUAGUAUUUAUGCGGCAUGGAUUAGCACUAACUCUAUUUCCAGGUGAUGCAGGAUAACCUAGGUUUCCUUGGAAAGAUUCCAAAAGGCAUACGGAAGCUGCUUCUAUUUGGGAUUUUAUUAAAUUAAGUAGCCCAUUAUGAGCGAUCAUGAGCUUCAUUGGGCAGAGUUGCUUCUACAGAGGUCAAGUACGCUCCAUUCAUCUUCUUCCUGAUGAAAAUUGGAAAACUAAAAGACGUGAAAUUGGUACAGCCUACUAUUUUCUUGCUUAUUGGAAAAGUGAAAGGUGUUAUCAACUUCCAGUGAGUGUCUUUUGCAUAACUACAUCUUUCACGCUGAGGAAGACUUGCCUCGUGAAGUGACAUAAAUGUUGUACCCUAGUGUGUGAAGUUCUCAUAUGGUUUUGCAGUUGAAAAUCACUUGAAUAAUUUCUGAAUUGAGUUGUGAAAUGUUCCUUGUCUUAUUGAUGCCAGCUUCACCAUAGUUUUAAGUUAUAUGACCUUUCACUCAAGAAAGGAGUUUGCAACAGAAAUCUUUCUGGUUCUCGAUGAUUUCAGUGGGCAUUUAAAUGUUCUCCAAUCACAGGAGUUUGAUUUUCA